AUGAGUCGUUCUUGCUCUUUUGUGUUAUUAGCAAAGACCUUUGACGUACAUAUCCUUAUUAAAAUGGAGUAUCAACCAAGUAUCAAAUUAAAAUAUCGACCUUAUUUUACUAAUUGUGUUCAAUGGAACGAAGAAGGACAAAUGGUUAUUUGUUUAGAGAAUCAAGUUCAUAUUAUUACUCCUUUAAUAACUGGCAUGUUUGCAACAAAAGAACAUUACCUUCAUACAGGUUUUAAAUUAACUCCACUAGAGAAAGAAACAUGCUUUGACCUUAUAGUGGAUGUUAAUGAUCUUCAAACUUCAUAUUUAAGUGCUGAAGGCUUUCGUUGUGCUAAUUGGUCACCUAUUGGUAUAUCAGAAUCUCAAAGUUGCUUCUUAGUUGUAGUAACGACAAAACAUAGAGUAUUAAUCUAUCAAAACUCGAAAGAAAAUCCUUCAACAGGAAAUUGGGAAUUGUAUAUGGAUUUGACAGAGAGUGUCAAGAAGCUUUCUAUUCAUCAUGAUCAUCCUACUCGUAAAGAACCUUACCACACAAUAUAUGCAAAUUGGUCUACACGAUUAAUAACUGAUCCUAUUGUUACAAAACCUGUCUUUUUAGCUUUAUCUAAUAAAGCAGGUGAUCUACUUAUCUGGUCCUAUACUAAACAACUCAAAUAUGUUACAACAAUCACACCUCACACAUCAUUUGUUAAUUUAUUAUCUUGGACAGGAUGGACAAAGAUAAGGAAUGAUGAUAUGACAGAUAAUGACUAUGAAAUAUAUACAUCCUAUAUUAUUUCAGCUUGUACAGACGGCACAAUUGCUCUUUCGUCUGUUUGCGUGCAAGCUACUGUAGAUCAAGAGAGUCGAGAAACGAUUUUAUCAGAUGAUAUCAAAGUGAAUACUGAGAUUGUCUGGUUUGAAGAUACAACAUCUGUUACUACUUUACUCAAGAUUCAUGAUAAUUUGGAAGCAGGAGGAUCUGAUAUUAAGAUAGCCGUCUCUAAAGGUAUCUCUAUCAAGUUUCUUUGGCUGACUUGCAGAGAUGGUACAUUGUCGGUUAAACAUGACUGGACAUCCUAUCAAAUGGAAAAUUCUGCAUUAGGUUUAACAGGAGGAGAUUGGCUAAAUGAUCAUGUCUUUCGAUGUUAUACAACUGAGGGCGAAGGUCUUCAAAUCGAGUUGGAUGAAGAAGGAGAGAUCAAGUAUGAUGAAGAUGAGAGUAAUGUUAUAAAUGAUUUAUUAGAAACUAUGUAUGGACAGCAAUGGAUGGAUGAACAGAUGGAUGCUGAAGACGAUAAUCUGAUUGCUUCCUCUGAUGCAAUUCCUUAUGUCUUUGGUGCUGCUGAUGGUCUUAAUCAUGUUUGGACUGCAUUUUAUUUUGCUAUGAGGCCUACAGUAGAUAUUCAUUAUAGACCUGAAUCAUCAGAAGAAUGUAAUUUAUCAAUUAUAGUACAAAAAAAAAGAGGCGAGAAUAUGGACUUUUAUUUACAAGAACUUGAUCGUUAUGUAAAUGAUCCUAGCUUUUUCUUUGUAAGAUCUGCUAGAGGAAUUAUAAGAGAGACACUAGAAUACUUGAUCGAUGACGAUAAUAUUGAUAACUUGAUUACUUGGAUUCAUCAUUUAGCAACCUAUUUGAACAUUCAGCCCAAAUUAGACUCUACCUGUAUUCCAAGAGCUAUAUAUAGUGAACCUAGUAACAUAGCUGCUAGAAUGCUAAUUACUACAGAAUUAGAAUUAAAGAAUUUUAUUCCUCAAAAUUUCAAGUCAACCCUAAGUCCACUUGUUGAAGAAUCAAAGAAUUUAGUUCAAGCCACUUUUAUCGCAAAUAUUUUGAACUAUGUUUUACAACUUUCUGAUGAAGAAUUCAGUCAAUUUACAGAACAAGAUAUUACAGUAUUAUUAAUCUUAUCAGAUUCUUCAUUUACAAUAAAGAACAAAAUGGGACUUGUGCAACAAAGUUUAAACACCUAUCAAAGAUUACAAGCCAAUUUCCCUGAUUUGAGAUUACAAGAGAUUAUCGAUUUUGCAAGUCAUUAUUCAGAAGAAGAUGAUAUUGAAGUCAUCAAGAAACAAAAACGAGAGAUGUGUCCAGUAUGUGAUGAAUAUAUUCAAGUGAUGAAUGACAGCUUAAUGGGAUUGUGUCAUGCAGGUCAUUUUUGGCAACUUUGUGCAAUUACAAAAAGAGUUCUCUAUACACGUAAAGCACGUAAAUGUAUAUCAUGUGGUUCAAGAAGUUUAGAGCCUACAAAGACUAAAUCACUAACAAAUAAGAUUUUAAAAGUUGUGAUAAAUGUAUUUAUUGUGGAUGUGCCUUUGUGA